GUCUACUCUGCCAAGUAUUUGACUGGGCUGAAGGAGGCUUGGUCGAAGCCGACAAAGCCUUUAUCUAGUGCAUCCAAACGACGGCGAGUAGGCGAUGAUGGGCGGAAUGGGUCUCCGGAGGCUGGGCAUGGACUCAAGCAUGUUGUGGACGAGGAGGAGAAGCUGAAAUCUAUGAGAGUUGUUUUG